AUGGUAGACAUCAUUGUCUGGGCCUACGUUGUCGGCCUGCUUAUCUUCAUGUCGUACAAGUACAUCGUAUACCGCCUGCAAGGAUUUCACUACUUCUUUCUCGACUAUUGCUACUUCCACAACUCCGGGCUGCUGUGCUUUCUGUUAUGGCGGCUCGUCGAUGUCAAGUGGUCGGAGAAACCCAUCAUCUCGUGGUCAUCACACAGGCCUUCGUGGGGAGGGUUGCAUGGGGACGGUGACAAUGGGACCAACGUUGCGAUGGGCACCGCCGUUUCCGCGGUGAUUAAUCAGACGUACCGGCAUCCAAUCCUUACCAGCACGCCGAUCCGCGGGGAGUCCUGGGUUCGCCUCAUUGUUCCCUCAGUUACUCGCAAUUACCGUUUUGACGGUGUGUACCUGCCGGUCUCGUUCGAUAUCCUUACGUGCGGUUACGUGGUGGCCCAUCUGACGGAGGCCGAAGUUAUCUCCUCCUUCGUGGUCUUCUUCACGCUAUUGGCCGGUACCUUCGGCCCCAUACUCGGGGCGAUCCUCAUGUGGCGCAAUGCGCUCUUGUUUCACUCCUUCGACCGCAUGUCCUCCUGCUACCUUCACCUCGCACCCGGUAUCGUCCAGAGUCUGCUGCUGCACCGCCUGUUCACGUCGGCGCGGCGUGAGAUCGAGAGCGUGGAUGCCGGGCAGCUCUACGAAGACGUCACCGGGAUCGCAAAGCAGCUCAACGUCCCCGUCGACAGCCUGCUGCCGAGCGUGCACACACUCAUGUGUAGCAUGAGUGACGCGUCAGCAGCAGCGGCAGAGAACGCUACGACGAAUGUGGGCAACACACAUCGUGGCCCGGCGCGGCUGAUUUCGUCCGUCUUUUCAACCCUCACAGCGAAGCAGCAGCAACUGCGGUUCACCCAGUACGCUGCCACGCACCAGCUUGAAGCCCUCUGCGGCUACGGCACGCUCUGCUACGACCUGCGGCGCGCCGUUACCUACGGAAACCUGCUGCGGCUGCACUUUAUCAUGUUCUGUGUCUGGCAGGUCUUCUACCACACUUUCAACGAGUGGCGCAGGCACGCACGCGUGCGGCGGUGGAAAAAGCGUCUGGCGAAGCUCGAGAGACAGGAAAGAAAGUUCACGCAGAUCACCGGUCCCACGGAGACGGACGCGGUGCUGCUGCAUCCGGCUGCCGUAAUGAGCGAGGGCGGCGCCGGCAGUCCAGCUGAGCGCAUGACCUCAUACACGUGGAUGAUGGCGCACCCACCUGGCGGCCGCAAGGGCAUUCUUGCGCGCUUCGUCCUGCUGUUUGGUGAGAGUCGCCUGCCCACCACGGUGAUGUUCCAAGCGACACAGCUGCUUCUCCACGUGUUCUUCUUCACCUGCAGCUACCCCGUCAUCCACGUUUGUUUUCACUACACACUGAGCGCGUGGCCGCUGCUGGUGCUGGUGCUGGUUUUCGGGUGCCUGUGCGUGUACAACGCGGCGUGCGUGAACCACAAGUGGAUCUUGAAGCUGCAGCAGAUUGCGUCGAAAGCAAUGGAGGCGGAGUCGCAGGACGAGCUUACCAAGUCGAUGGCACAGGCCACUGCUAAAGCAGCGACGAAGAAGGUGCAGUAG